UGACUGAUUAUGGGAGGGUUUAAAGAUGACUGGAAGCCAUCUUACACACUCGCUUUACACCCCGAAAUAUGUCACAACUCUACACCUAUAAUUCACAAACACAAACACACUGAAAGAUAUUCUCUGCCACGUUUGGUGGAAAACAUUUGAAAUCGCCCAUGUUAACUAAUUUGAGAGAAGGGAAUGGACAGAACAAUUGAAAAGACUAACACUGGCUUCCUGGCCCCUUGUCUGUGAAACUUUCCUUUUGCAGAGGAGAAAUUCACUCAUUAAUGGAAGGAUAAUUGAAGCUAAUCUUCCUGCUUAUAGCAUCUGUGACCUGUUGCUUGAGUGACAUUCAUAUUGAGAUGUUCCACAAGAGACUUUUAUAUUGAGGAACAAGGAACUGGUAAAAAAAUUUUGCUUGAACUUUUUUUUUUUUUUUUUUUUGCUUUUGUGCGCUUUGGACACUGAGAAAGCUGUGGGAAGGACGACUUGCAAAUUAAUUUUUUUGCAAGACCAUCAAGAGAAAGUAUUAUCUCCACUGUUGUUUGUCGCUCACUGUUUCAAGAGAGAAUAUUUAAGUCAUGAGUACAGCCAGAAUGGAGAACCCAGUGAUUCUGGGACUGUCCAAUCAGAACGGCCAAAUGCGAGGUUCUGUGAAGCCAGCAGGGGGUCCCGGUGGAGGUGGAGGGGGGUCCCAAACAACACAGCCUGCCCAGGUCAAAGCCUCUAGCACAGUCAACAAUGGCAACUCCCAGCCUGUACCCACAGCCAACACUAUCAUCAAGCCUGGAGAUGACUGGAAGAAGAAUCUAAAGCUUCCUCCAAAAGAUUUGCGAAUGAAAACAUCAGAUGUGACGGCGACCAAGGGAAAUGAGUUUGAAGAUUAUUGCCUAAAACGAGAGCUGCUUAUGGGCAUCUUUGAAAUGGGCUGGGAGAAACCAUCACCUAUACAGGAGGAGAGCAUUCCCAUUGCGUUGUCUGGGAGGGACAUUCUGGCCCGAGCCAAGAACGGCACAGGAAAAAGUGGCGCCUACCUCAUUCCCUUACUUGAACGCAUAGACCUGAAGAAAGACAGCAUACAAGCGGUGGUCAUUGUGCCCACUAGAGAACUGGCUCUUCAAGUGAGCCAGAUCUGUAUCCAGGUCAGCAAACACAUGGGCGGGGUCAAGGUCAUGGCAACUACAGGUGGAACCAACCUUCGUGAUGACAUCAUGAGACUUGACGAAACUGUGCACGUCGUCAUCGCCACUCCAGGAAGAAUUUUAGACCUCAUCAAAAAGGGAGUGGCCAAAGUGGGUCAAGUGCAGAUGAUCGUGUUGGAUGAGGCAGAUAAGCUCUUGUCGCAGGAUUUUGUACAGAUGAUGGAGGAGAUUCUGAGCUCUUUGUCUAAACAAAGGCAAAUUUUGCUGUACUCUGCCACAUUCCCACUGAGUGUGCAAAAGUUCAUGAACUCCCAUCUCCAGAAGCCCUAUGAGAUAAACCUGAUGGAGGAGCUGACCCUGAAGGGGGUUACUCAGUAUUAUGCCUAUGUGACUGAAAGGCAGAAAGUCCAUUGCCUUAAUACUCUAUUCUCUAGGCUCCAAAUCAAUCAGUCUAUAAUCUUCUGCAAUUCGUCCCAGCGAGUGGAACUCCUGGCUAAAAAGAUCUCACAGCUUGGGUACUCCUGUUUCUACAUUCAUGCCAAGAUGAGGCAGGAACACAGAAACCGCGUGUUCCAUGAUUUCAGAAACGGCUUAUGUCGAAAUCUCGUCUGCACUGAUCUCUUCACGAGAGGAAUUGAUAUUCAAGCUGUGAAUGUGGUGAUCAACUUCGAUUUUCCCAAACUCGGGGAGACGUACCUUCAUCGCAUUGGCAGAUCUGGCCGAUUUGGACACUUGGGUCUUGCCAUUAACUUGAUCACUUAUGAUGACCGCUUUAACCUGAAAGGUAUUGAAGAACAGCUGGGUACUGAAAUCAAGCCCAUUCCCAGCAGUAUUGACAAGAGUCUAUAUGUGGCCGAGUACCACAGUGAGAGCGGAGAGGAGGUUAAACUGUGAGCAGGAGAGAUCACCAAUCCUUUGUCCCCUAUCCCACCCUUUUCGUUCCCUACUGUGUCUAGGGAAUAGGGGACUUUUUUUUUCUUUUUUUUCCCCCCUCCUUUCAACUAUAUCUUAUUUCUGUCUUCCUCUACUCCCACCUCCCUCUUUUUUUCGUUUUCUUUUUUUCUCUCCUGUCUUGUGCCACCACAAGGAAUGUCGUGUCGAUGGCCCAAUAUUCGGGAAGGACUCAUGGCCCACUAAAGGACUGCUAUACCAAUAUUUUCAUCCUGAAGAAUUCAGAUCACUUGAUGAGGAGGGAAAGAGGGGACAUGAGGAUUUAUCACCCAAGGAAAAAAAAACAAUUCAUCGCCUUUAAGCACAUCCACACCCCACAGUCUCUGUCCCUCUGCUCGUAUUCAUGUUUCUAGUCAUUUGAAACAAGUGCCUUAACAGUCUAACUUGUUCAAAAAGUAAUAACCUGAUGAUUUUUUUUUUCUCCUCCUCAUUCAACAUCAUUUUUUUACUACUCUGGCUUUUUGGUGUUGCUUGUCUGCCCCUACACGUUUGGCAUCAGAAGAAUAAUUUAGCAUUUGUCACCUGUAGUUUAUUGGGGCAACAAAGAAAAAGAUUGCGCAGUGGGAGAGAGGAUGAGGCAGCAAAUUGUGCCGUACUUUGACUAUGUUGUGAAAAGAAGCCCCUUGGAGAACUGAGAUGAAAUCAGUGAGCAUAAUGACAAUGAUAGGGGCUGAUCUUCUUGUGGCAAGCUUUCAAAAGUCCCACACGGCUCAAGGAUUCACAAGGAUUUUUUUUUUUUUGUUCCCUUCAUCUGCUCAUGGAACAUGCCAUGCCUCUAGAGACCCGUAACUCUUUCCCCCUCUGUCUUCAGCGGGCCAACACUAAGAGACUAGACCAGACUCAGACCAGCCUUUCUCAUUGGCCAUGAGGAAUCUCUCUUUGAGAUGAAUGUGGAUUUCUUUCUUUUACUCCUCCCUCAUUUUCUUUUUUCUAUCCUCCCAAUUUCAUCCUGAUUUCAGUGCAGUUUUGCAUUCUUGGGUAGGCACUCUGUCCUAAAUGUGCCAUUUAUACAGAUCUGGCGCAUUUGUAAACAUUUUGUAAAUACUUCAUUUAUUUUUUUUAAAUGGAUUGUUUUAAAGCAAGCUAAAAAGGCUGGAUGAACAUUUGAGAAGAAUGUUGGAAAGAUCUUUAAAAUCCAGGAUCCUGUCAGCACUGGAUGGCACUUUUGUUUGCUUAUUCCCCCUUUUCCAUCCCCCUUCAUGGGGAAAUAAGUUUAAAGUUUAAACCUUUCCUGGUAAUGCACCGCCAGUGUUUUGUUAUCGUAAGAAAUGAGUUCACACUUGCUUUAUUCUUUAUUUUAAAACUCGAGACUCCGUUCAAAGGUUUUGAGUGUAAUCCUCUGGUGGUUUCAGCAGGUGGUGCAAUUGUUCAGAUUUGCAGUUAUUAACUCAUCCGUUUUCCAGUGUUGACAUGUUUCCUGACGUGGGUCGCUCAAAUAAAUGGCCUCAUUUGCGCGUUGUGAAAACAUGAGGCUUAAUUGCUUUCCAGCCUUUUGCUUGUAACACUGACUUAUGAGCACUCAGCGGGGUCCCUGAGCCUGGGUGACUCUAAUCAUAGAGAUAAUUUAAUAUUUUCAUCAUGUAAUAGUGCUACUCGCUGCAGUGCAGCUCAAAUUGGCAACGUGCAAAAAUCUAGAAUUUCUAAGCGAGAUGUGUAGCUGUUACAUGGGUCUGUGUUCACUGCCACCGGCACUAGGACAUGACUUCAAACAGACCGUUAAGGGUGGGAGGAUCGAAAGACUUGGUGGUUCCCAUUGGAAAAAGGAAAAAAAAAUGGACAAAAAUAUACUCAACUGGAUGCCAAGACUUGAUGGACUGACAUAAUGUAGCGGCAGAGACAUGCAGUGCAUUGUGAGUCAGCAGGCUUUUUUUUUUUUGUAAAAAGACCAUGUUCUUAAGAUGCUGCACAGACUUUACAGAAGAAUCUAAAUCUUUGCAGUGAGAGCUGCACUUAAGUUUGAACUUUAGUUCAAGGGUUGGGCAAUAAUAAAGGCUGCACACGUGCUUGGAGCACUUCCUCGGUUAGGCUAGAGGUGUAAAGACCAUAAGGGAGUUUAAUCUUUAUUUUAUUUAAUUUUUUUGAGGAAGUAUUGUGGCAGGGAUGAGGGUAUUUAACAUGGGAUGUGGGUAUUACAUGGGUGCUGAUAACCAAAUGAUUUAUUUUUUUUAUUUUUUAUUUUUUUGCAGCAGAAUAUUCAUCCCCAUCACCCCAAACACUAAUAGCCUUUAAAGAUUUCUGAGUGAUUUAUUUUCCCCCUCUCUGGGGAUUGAAAUGGGCUUGCUUGAGACACUUUAGCCCUUCUGCUGCUUUGUCACUAAGUUAUGCAUUUGACCCGUGAUGUUUUGAGGGUGUUUCCUUUUAUAUGGGGUGGGUUAAGCUUGGGAGGGAUACAAUUUAUGUCUUUUUAUGAUUAUUAGCACAAUUUGCGUUAAAUUCUUUACGUUGGACUUCAACAUCACCAACGUCCCCAUUAGAUAGUCAAUUACAGGUGAGAUGUUUAAUUAAUUUUUUUUUUUUUUUUUGGAUUAGUAUUGUCGACUGUGAAGGCUAUUGAUAUAAUUAAGGACGUUCGUACUAACCGUGUGGUUGGUUACCCAAAUAUUGGCCCAGAUUAUUAUUUAUCACAAUCCUCAAAAUGCAGCCUUUUCCACAGUGGCCAUGCUUUAAUCCGGCCUCAUAUUCUCUUCUCUAUUGCGUUCCCCUCUGGUGUGCACAGAUUGUUCGCCCAACUAAUCCGCUUUGGUUUCUUCUGGGGGCUUUUUAAACCGAUCUGCUCUAGAGAGGAGAAUGCGAGUUUCUGGGCGUUUGGCAGCAGCCCAGUGUUUUUCAGUAACCACUUGCUGUGGAAGUCACAGUUCUUUCUUGUGAUGCUGUAAAUCAGCAUGUGAUUGGAUGUGCUGUGGUCUUUGCCAUGGUGGUUGGGGUUUUGAUUUGUUUUAUUUUCUUUUAUUUUUUUAUUUUAAGCUUUGGUUUUCCCUUUCAUUUUGAAGAAUAGAGUUGGAGAACAUCUCACCUGUUUAAGAGUUGUUUUCUGAAGCUUAAGCUAAUUACAUAAUGGAAAUCCACUCAUUCUUCAGUGUAUUAUUUUAUUUAUUUUUAUUUAAUUUUUGUAUUGGGUGGGUGGGAAGUUUUUUUUUUUUUUUUUUUUUUUUUGGCUGCCCUGAUGUAUCGUUCUAAUUCCAGCACUUUCCAUCUUUGUGUUCAGUGUUGGGAGUAUUUGGAUACAUCAGUUUGGGUUGGUGGGUGGGAGGGAUGUGGUAAAUUGGCUUAAAAGAAAAAUUAAGAUGAACAAUUAGGAGUUCAGGGUAAGGAAUUCAAUCUUUAACCUUUGCCCUCAAAUUUGAGAUGUUUUUCUUUCUGUUUGGAUACUGCAAAUGAACAACCAAAUUCAAGAGAAAUCCAAAGUAUUGUUUUGUUUCUCCUUUUCAAUUUGGACCGUUUCAAUUGGCUUUUGUUUCUCAGUGAUGCUGCAUUUUUAAAGAGUUGAGAUGUGUGAAUGCAAUGGUUAACAUCUGUCAUGGUUUUUGUUUGAUAAUAAAGCUCACUGAAGUUCC